AUGGAUACAAGCGAAUACGAUACUAAUACCUUAUUAAAUAAUAACAUCUCGUCGAUCGUUUUCCGAGUUUAUGAGCCUUCUCAAGAACAGGUGCAAGCAUUUCCAUCGGCAGCUGCCGAUAUCGAGACCGAACUGAGGAACCGCGGCCAUAUCGUAUACUACGAUGCUACUAGACGCGUCUUGUGGUAUUUCCACGUUCCAGGCAAAGAUGCGGCUUCGGCCGACGAGUCCAGUGGCAUUUUGGGUAGCACGGUCGAUGUCGCUGGUGCCACUCUGUUGAUGGUUGAGGAUGGCUCCUUCGAACCGAUCAGCUUGUUCAAAGGUCGCGCACCAGGCCAACAAGCUGCAAAUACACCAACAAGCUCGUCUUCGACCAAUUCGGCCCUCGAUUUGUCGCUUCGUAACCCGCCGACGACUAGCACUGGACCGCCGAGCUCAUCCGAUCCCGAUUCGAAACCCGCCUCUGCCGGAGGAUCCGAUAUUAAAAGCACAGGGUCUGUUGCUUUGAAAGAUGCAUACGAGCACUUUAUUACGGCACUUUUAUCGACAAUAUCGGCUUCUUUUUGUAACCGCAUCUCAGCGAUCCCCUUAAACUACCGAACAAUUCUUCUACCCUCCAAAGUCACUCGCGGCAGUCAAUCUGAGAAAGCUCUGGAUACGGAAUCAGCAGUUGUUGGAACCUUCAGGAUCUAUUUGACGACAACGGGCGGCUUAGUCAUGAGUUUGUCGUUGUCAUGCUGCGAAGGUCUAUUAUCUGUGAAUGAGCCAUUAAGUCCAAGUCAAAUUGUUCUGGGCUCUCAGAUUCUGGCAGCUCCAUUUGGAGUUUUGGCGAAUUACCAAGGCUUCAUGGGCGGAGGUUUGCCGUAUCCAGAGUUGAGCCUGGGACAAACACCUGAUACUCAACUUUGGAGGAACGUGGAUGCUAGAUCCUCACAAUGGAGAGACACCUGCAUCAAAAUUCUUCAAUCCCGCGGGCUGUCCCCCGCCUUACUCCAGUCUUGUCCCUGGAUUGCACUUCAGAUGAUCCGCCGAAAAAAUGGUGAACAGAAAAUGGAUGGAAAGAUGACACCGCUGCUCUCUGCUAUGGCCACAAUAUCUUGGCCAGCCGUUCUCUGCUUCCGUAAAAAGUCUGUUGUUCUGGCACGAAAUCAUGGCCUUGGAGACCCCAUUCUGCUUGCUCAGGAUGAAACUUCAGAUUUUCUGAGCGAGGCCAGGACCUGGUUUCAACUUGGGACUGACAGAGACGAGAAAGUAUUGAGACGGAAAAAGGAAAGGGAAGUUGCUGCAGCGAAAGAGGCGUCAGCGUCUGUUUCAACACAGCAGCCCAACGGGCAUUCUCCUUUAGGAUUGAGGCGUGCAAGCAACGCAGCUGCUGUCGGUGCCAUGUAUCCAACGCCCCCAGAUGGUGUCCAGAAUCCCCUGGGCAUCACACCAUCUAUCGACGGAACUACAUCUAGCCCGGGUGCUCCAAAUGCAACAGUAGCAGUCGCCGACAUAGAUACUGCCAUGACAGAUCCGGUCGCCCCUGACGCUCCGAUUACAAACGGUGGCCAGGCAAGUGAAGCAUAUGGCGAAGGUUGGACAUCGAAUGAGACCAAGCAAAGAGCGGACUCUUUCCUUGGAGGUGAGAGCGACAACCUGUUCGGAGACAUCGGCCCAGAUAUGUUUGGCGACGCCGAUAUUACAGAUGCUGAUUUCAGCUUCUUUGACGAGCAGCCUGGCGAUGACUUGGACUUAUCAGGCUUACCGGAUUUGGGCAUGCCCGAUGCGCCACCAUCGAUGUCUUCUGUUCUUCCAGCUCCGGUACCUGAGCCUGAGAAAAUGAUCGCUCCUCCCGUAGAGGAGCUCAAGCCAGAACCAAGCCCUCCGAUAUUCACAAAACCUGAAUUGAAGCAUGCUAGAAGCACCUUGAUGGAUGAAGGCAAGCAAAGAUCCAGCAUUGAGAAGACGGCCGGUCUUAAGAGAGAAUCGAGCCCCUUCGAUCCGGACACCGUUUAUAAAAGAGUUCGUGCCUCCCUGGCAGAUAUUGGCACCAUGCCAACUAGAACGCCUUCACGAAAAGGAAGUAUAUUUGACAGCGUGGACUUUGACCCUGUAUUACCCCUUGUCAAUAAAAAAUACGAGCAAGGUGGCCGGUUUGACUGUAACCCGACGUCUCGAGGGUCAUCCCAUGAACCGACCACGCAUUCUGUACUCCAAGGCCCCCCUACUACGGAUUACCUACGGAGACAUGGAAAACAGAGGAAGUUGUUAAAACAUCCGGAGCAGACCAGUGCGGUUAUUCGCACAAUUACAGGCGGACUGGAAAAUGCAAAUCUCAAUACAAGUCCUGGAAAGGUAGAAGAUUUGGCGUCAGAUGCUGACGAUGUCAGCUUGGUCUCAGACCAGGAUGAUUCCAGUUCGACAACAGAUGAACCAGCAUCGCCUUUCAAGUCCAGCAUCAGAAGGCUAAAUUUUGAUGAUGAUGUCGUCUCUCAAGUGACUUCCUUGAGAGAUAUUGAAUCUGUGGAAGAUUCUGAUCCGACAUUGGCAUUGGAUCUUCCCAGGCUAGCGAAGGCCGAGGCAACAGAAGUUUCAAUUACCAAAUACUUCGAGGACGCCGAAUCACUUCCAAUUCAUUUCUCACUUACAGACGAGGAUAUGAUCACCAUUGCCCAGAUUGUGACCGAGCAGGCGGUCACCGGCAACUUGAUGGUGCGCGAUUCAAAUGCCAACACUCUAAGCACCGCGAUAGUCUCAGAAACGCGGCGUCAAUUGGCGUCGCUAGGCCGGGCUGCCAUAAAUUCCCUGCGUGAAGUCAUUCCCGCAUGCCUUGGAGAGUUUAACACAUGCAACUUCAAAGGCGUCGUUGAAAUUCCCGACGUUCCAUUGCUCGGUCAGCCUAAUAGGCUACAUCCAAGGCCAGUACCGCCGAGAGAUUCAAAUGCAGAACCACCCAAGCCAAACAAUCUUUUCCAGAUCCCGACGCCGCACAUGGAAUUACGUCGUGCAGAGGCCAGACUGUCAGUUCUUCCAUCUAGCGUCCAAUUCUGGGAAAGUUUAGGCCUUGGCCCAGCGCAAGGACCAAAAGAUCUAAACGUUGUUUGCGUGUUUCCAAACUGGGACGGCAUGCCAGACGUCGCAGCUGCUUUCUUGGAUAGAAUGCGGAACGUUUACGAACUCCUCAAACUUGGCUCAUUUGAACGACUACCGUCCAGCUCAAAAGUGAGUGAUGGGCUAAUGCCAUUUGAGGCAGACAAGAUUGCAACUUCACCGGGGACCAUAAGUCCUCAUAUUGGCGGAAGUUUGGCUGAUCGCAUGGAAGCUCUCAACCAGGCGCUCCUGUCAGCAACCGUCACAGAAAAGAAUUUUGUGGUUUAUUUCGUUUACCCGCCAGACCAUCCCGGAUCCAUCGUGGAGGAAUGCACCGCUUUCCAACAAUUGUUCGAAAUGCAUAAGAGGUCGCUAACCGACCGGAGACUAACUCCAGUCAAUGAAUUAGUUCUACAACUGGUGCCCCUUGACUUCCUGACUUCGGCAGCGGGCAUCGUUGAACCGCCCCCAAGCGAAGCUAUCAAACUAGCAUUGGAGACCUAUGACCGCUGCACGUUGUUUGGCGGACCAAUGCCAUCACCUGCCAUCAUGCUUGAGCAGUCACUGCCCCGAGGCAUCGACUUCAAGCUUGCUAACACAUCUUCAUCGUCUCUUAUGCAUGAAAAUACCUGUAUUCACAUCGCUUAUGCGCAGAGCAUUGACGAGAGAUGGAUUACAGCGGCAUGGACCGACAAUAGAGGCUGCCAGCAAAUGACAGUAUCAUACAAUCUUGGACGUAAAGGCAAGCCACUGUCAACGCCGCUUAAUGAUGUCUAUCAUGAGAUCUGGGAGACUACCCAUGAUUUGAUAUCUAAGUGGAAAGUCCACUGGCGGGUUAUCAUCACCAAAUGCGGGCCUAUGGAUCAGCAGGAAAUUGGGUUUUGGCACGGUCUUGCUCAGACUGAGUCGGUGGCAACUGUAAGCCUCACGUUGAUAUCAGUUGACACGAGUCCUUCGCUUCAAUUGAUUCCGCCAGCCAUCAGAAUACCAGCAUCGGCAUCAUCGGCAUUCUACACCACGCCGGUGUCAACACCACAGGCAUCAAUUGUCUCUCCUGAGCAAAGUGGAACUCCGGCAACGCCUAUGAAGGAAAGCAACCCAGCAAACGCAGCUACACCGGGAGGCACCCCUGGUGAUGGGGGUGCAGACCCAGCGGAAGGGGACGCCAUCCUCCUUGACGUCACCGAUCAGACUUGGGGUGCAGUGCUCUCUCAUCGUCUCAGUAACGCGUCUACUUUGGGCGAACUCAACCCUGCCCUUGUCAGUGGUUAUCUUGUCAAGCGUGGAGGAACGAAACUUGAAGAUCCGCCGGUAGUCUUAGAAGUCAAUAUUGUGCACGUGGACAGCAACCCGCGGCUGUAUGAGCCUCUCAUGAGAGAGAUGCUCACGUAUUUUAGGGGGUUAGGUACCUUGGCCAGAGCAAGAGGUGUUGUAGAUAGGGGGACUGAUAUACGGCCUUGGCAUAUCGCGGCGGCGGAGAAGGGCGUCCGGGCAUUAUACCUUUUGAUGUGA